AUGCCAGAAGCCGAUGACCGGCACAAUGCUCAGCAGGUGUCGGGCAACGGGGAGGAAUACAAGUUUCACUUUUCAGGGGACAGAUGCUGUCGUAUCCGGAACGGCAUCGGGUCGGCGAAAAAUUUGCCAAACCGAAGCGGCUGGAUCCCGGCGAUUGAGCUACCCGAGCUGAGCAUAAUCAAACGCAAGUUUUUGAAGACGCAUCCGGAGGCCAACUGGCAUCUCCCUUGGCCGCCGCACGACAUGGGUGCUUGUUCUGCCCUGCGGCCCAUACCCGAGGUGGCGGGCGUCUCGGAGGAGGGUGGUGGUGGUGCCGCUGGCAGUGGUCGCUGUCGCGGUCGCGGCGGCGCAGUUCCGAGAUGGAGUUACGCAGCAUCUGCCAAGAGAAAGCGCAGCAUCAUGAAAAAGCGCGAUGCAGAUGACGAAUAUAAUAGCGACGGGACAAAUACCACCGGCGCGGACAACGAGCUGGCCGCGCAUGGUCAGAGCUGGAUCAUGCACAAGAAGAAGAGAAGACGGUUGGAUGACGCCACGUAUCGCCCACAACGGGAUGAGCACCCGGACUCGGAUGACGAGGAGAUGCUUGUCGGUGGUGGCGCACCGGAGCGGUUGCGCCAGGUGCGGCACGAGAUGGAGCAGGAGAUUAGCACUUGUGAGGCUGUGACAGGUGUUUGA